AUGUCGAUUCAUAUUGACGAAUCCGUAGUUCUGCCACUGAAAUAUGUUGGUUUCGACACUAUCACCUCCCAAAUUGAAAACAGAUUGUUAAAAAGAGGAUUCCAGUUCAAUAUCAUGGUUGUUGGCAGAUCCGGAUUAGGUAAGACAACCUUGGUCAACACCUUGUUCUCAUCGAGAUUGGCAACAACGCAAGGGCGUCGUUCGGCUGAAGAGCCCAUCGAGAAAACCACAGAAAUCAAAACUCAUUCACACACAUUGGUGGAAAACAAUGUUCGCUUGAAUAUUAAUGUUAUUGACACGCCUGGUUUUGGCGACCAGAUAAACAACGAGAGAUGCUGGGAUCCGUUGGUUAAAUACAUCAAAGAACAGCACUCACAAUAUUUGAGAAAAGAGUUGACUGCUCAAAGAGAGAAGUUUAUUCCCGACACGAGAGUGCACUGCAUUUUGUACUUUAUUCCCCCCAACGGCACCAAGUUGAAGCCUUUGGAUGCACAGGCAUUGAAGAAAUUGUCAGAGAUUGCAAACGUUGUGCCAGUUAUCGCCAAGAGUGAUUCAUUGACGCUUCCUGAAAGAACUGCUUUCAAAAGGUUGUUGCAGAAUGAGUUCAUCAAAUACAAGUUGGACAUCUAUCCAUACGACAGCGAUGAAUUGUAUGAAGACGAGAAGCAGUUGAACGAAGAUAUCAAGUCAUUGAUUCCAUUCGCCAUUGCCGGUUCUGAACGCGAAUUCGAAAUCAACGGAGAAAUGGUCAGAGGCAGAAAGUCCAAAUGGGGCGCCAUCAACAUCGAGGAUGUCUCGCAAUGCGAGUUUGUAUUUUUGAGAGAUUUCUUGACAAGAACACACUUGCAAGACUUGAUUGAAACGACGUCUUUGGUGCACUACGAGACUUUCAGAGCCAAACAAUUGAUUGCGUUGAAGGAGAACGCGUCGAAUGCCAACAGACAAUCGGUGCCUAUUUCUCAAAAACCACAAGCAACUACCAAUACCACGCCAAUGGGUGUUCCAAGUGCAUAUGCGCCUACACAAUCAAUGGUAUCUGCUGUUUCUGAGAGCACAGUCUCCGCUUUGGCGAACGGUGAAACCAGAGCAUAG